AUGGCAGUGUUCGUGGGUCGGGCGGUGAUAAAGUUGUGUAUUUAUGCGUCCUUUUUGGGUAUAUAUGCUUUCGUGAAUCUCUGCUUUUGAAGUUUUGACUGUAAUGACUCUGAUCUUGGGUUCUCAUUCUUUGCAUCAUCUCAAUUUUGAAUUAUAAGAAUAUGCCAAUAUGUCAUUUUUUUAUUCAACUUUAUAACUUUUACAAAAAAUAAUUCAAUAAGAUUGCAUUUUGAAAUGUUGAAUGUAUUAAUCCAUUUAAAUAAAUAUUGUUAA